CGCCCAACCCGCUCACCCCUGCUCUUAAGCCCUAGACAACCACUGUUUUAGACUUUCAGGUAAAUAUGCAUUUCGCGCGCAGCUGCCCAUUUUGUUUCAGCACCUCACUGAACUACUGAAGGCCUGAAAGGACGGGGAAUAACGCGCGGUACUACUGACAUGCUUCACCUUCAUAAUCGUGGAGUGUUCUUCUUGCACAGUCUGCGUACAUGUACCUGUAAAUUGAACAAUUUUCUGAUGACAAUGGCGUCCUCCAAGCACCUGGUCCAUACUUCAAUGAGAACUCCUUUCAUGGCAGCGCCAAAGUCCUCUUCAAAUUCCACAACACUGUCAGCUCCUUCCCGCCUGCUCCCAACUUAUAGCCCCAGAAUCAUCUUCUCUGCAUCUUCUUAUAAGCAAAUCUCUCCCAUUUGCCAGGCGUCCCGUCUGUCAGACACUGCCCGUCCCGUUUAUCCCCCACCAGUUUCCCCGGAAGAUAGCCAACAGUUGAAGUCCUCACGCUUGAGAGGUAAACUGAAGGAGAUCGGAAUAAGUUCUGGUUCAUGCGACCCUGGUCAGUACAAUGCGUUGCAUUGUCCAAUGUGUAAUGGCGGGGAUACUAACGAGAGAAGCUUAUCGCUUUGUAUUGAUCAACAUGGGAAUUCAGCCAAGUGGAUCUGCCAUCGAGGUAAAUGUGGCUGGAAUGGCAGCACACAGGUAUUUGCAGACACGAAACCUAAUUACAGUAUGAAUCAGGUCACAAAACUAAAUAAGAAGAUCAGACAGUUAGACGAGCAGAGUUUGAGAUUAGAACCAUUAAAUAAUGAGCUGCUUUCAUACUUUUCACAGAGAAUGAUUACUGGGGAGACCUUGAGAAGAAAUGGUGUCAUGCAGCUUAAAGCUUCUAAACAGAUUGCGAUUGCAUUUCCUUACCGGAGGAAUGGCAAACUAGUUAGCUGCAAAUACCGGAAUGUAAAGAAAACAUUUUGGCAGGAAAGUGACACUGAAAAAAUUCUUUAUGGAUUGGAUGAUAUAAUGGGAGCAAGUGACAUCAUUAUUGUUGAAGGUGAGAUGGACAAGCUUGCAAUGGAAGAAGCUGGCUUCCGUAAUUGCGCCAGUGUCCCUGAUGGCGCUCCCCCUUCAGUUUCAAAGAAAGAGCUACCCGCUGAGGAUCAGGACACGAAAUAUCAAUAUCUUUGGAACUGCAAGGAGGCUUUUGAAAAGGCCUCUCGUAUAAUACUUGCAACUGAUGGGGAUGCACCUGGCCAGGCUCUUGCUGAAGAGCUUGCUCGCCGUUUAGGAAGAGAAAGGUGCUGGCGAGUUAAAUGGCCUAAGAAGAUUAAUGGGGAUUGCAAAGAUGCUAAUGAGGUACUUAUGUACCUGGGACCUGAUGUACUAAGGGAGGUCAUUGAGACUGCUGAGCUAUAUCCCAUAAAAGGAUUGUUCAACUUCAAAGAUUAUUUUGAUGAGAUUGAUUCAUAUUAUCAUCAAACAGUUGCUUUUGAUCUCGGGGUUUCAACUGGAUGGAAAUCUCUGAAUGAACUAUACAAUGUUGUGCCAGGCGAGUUGACUGUAGUUACUGGGGUUCCUAAUUCAGGCAAGAGUGAGUGGAUUGAUGCUCUCCUAUGCAAUCUUAAUCGAAGUGUUGGCUGGAAGUUUGCACUUUGCUCUAUGGAGAAUAAGGUUCGGGAGCAUGCUAGGAAACUUCUGGAGAAGCGCAUAAGGAAGCCUUUUUUUGAUGUCAGGUAUGGGGAAUCUGCUGAGCGGAUUAGCAUUGGUGAAUUUGAGCAGGGAAAGCAAUGGCUAAGUGAUACAUUCUCUCUUAUAAGGUGUGAGAAUGACUGUCUACCAAGUAUAGACUGGGUUCUUAAACUAGCAAAAGCAGCAGUUCUCAGACAUGGUGUGAAUGGGCUUGUAAUCGAUCCGUAUAAUGAGCUUGAUCAUCAACGUCUUCAGAUCCAGACUGAAACAGAGUAUGUUAGUCAGAUGCUAACAAAGAUUAAGCGGUUCGCACAACAUCAUUCUUGUCACGUCUGGUUUGUAGCACAUCCACGUCAGUUGCAGCAGUGGUCUGGAGGCCCUCCAAACUUAUAUGAUAUCAGUGGAAGUGCACAUUUCAUAAACAAAUGCGAUAAUGGAAUUGUUAUUCAUCGCAAUAGGGAUCCUGAGGCUGGUCCUCUGGACCUAGUGCAGGUUUGUGUAAGGAAGGUACGGAACAAGGUUAUUGGAACUAUUGGGGAAGCCUUUUUGUCAUACAGCAGGCUUACUGGUGAAUUUAUGGACAGUGAUGAGCAACACCUAAAGAAACAAAAGAACUCGUACAAAUAAGUUGCAAAUAUUGUGUGCUUGCAGGACUGCAUUUCUUGUGAAUAUGGUAUUUGGCAUGUGUUGGAUCUGGUGGAAAGCUGUCGCUAACAUAGAGUAAAUCAGCCAAAAUAGAAAACGCUGUACAUUGUUAUUUUUGUGUUGUCCUCUCCUCUGACUGUAAUUUUGAGUGGCCUCUUGCAGUUUCUUAUUUAGUUGAUGUUGCUUUAACUAAUAUUAGCAGAUGCUGUGCCAAUUUUUCUUAGGCCAUGGUUGUACAGAGUACUGUAUACAUAAUACACUACUUCGUUGCUAGGGGUCUUUUACUGAUCGAGAGGGUUAUGACUUGUGAGUUGUACGUUGUGACUGCUUUAUUAAUCUCUCUUGUAAUUCAUUACUCCUUUUAACAAGGCUCAACAUACUGAGUUAGGGAAAUAAUGUUAUCAUCCUCGGGUAGUGAAUUUGGUGAUCUGUGAUCACAUUGCUUAAAAACAGUACUCCUACCGUCCUACGUUCAUGCUUAGA